CUUUUGAAUUGGACGCGGGAGAGAGAACUGGUUGAAGUUAAAAGACACAUUAGCAAGACGCGUAUGACUUCAUAACAAAGCAAGUAGGGUAGGCAGGUAGUCAGUUAUUCACGUCGUUAGCGCGGUGUGAAAAUACGGUAUUCAAGCGUAUUUUCUGUUAGUAGUACUAAUUUUAGUGCAAAAACCGUUCUCUGCAGUUUGGCUUGGAUAUUCACGUUGCAGUUUAUUACCAGGUGGGAGCGGAUCGGAACCGGUGACAGACGUUUAUCAACUUCUGUUCUUUGCUACCAUGUUUGAGACCAGCAGUGAUCUGAUCCUCUACCAAGACAAUGAGAGUGUACAUGACCUGCUAUUCCCUGGGGAACCUGGCUCAGCUGGUGGUGGGGGAGGCAUGUCCUUGGCGGAGGCCCUCCUGCCCCUAGUGGAGUCCCCCACUCCUCCCCUGAUCCCCUGGAUGUGUUCCACCCGCUACAAGACGGAGCUGUGCAGCCGCUACGCCGCAAUAGGCUUCUGCAAGUACGCUGAGCGCUGCCAGUUUGCCCACGGCCUCCACGACCUCCACGUACCCUCCCGCCAUCCCAAGUACAAGACCGAAUUGUGCCGCACCUUCCACACGGCGGGCUACUGCGUCUACGGCACCCGCUGCUUGUUCGCUCACAACGCCAAGGAGCAGCGGCCCGCCUGCCGCCGGCGCCGCAACGUACCCUGCCGCACCUACCGCUCAUUUGGCGUGUGCCCGUUUGGCACGCGCUGCAACUUCCUGCACGGCGACAGUAGGGGACUGAGUGACGGUGGCGUCGAGUCCCCGGACUGCGCUUCUGAAGGGAAGGCUGCCGUCUCUGGGCCCCGGCAACACUCCCAGGACUGGAGGCCCCGUGGGCCCCUGUGCCGCACCUUCAGCUCCUUUGGCUUCUGCCUCUACGGGACCCGCUGUCGCUUCCAACACGGCCUGCCCAACACGAUCAGAGGCCCAGACUCCUCCGCUGGCGACGGCACCUCUCGGUUCACAAGCGGGAGGGCAUGUUCCCCAGCGUCGGACAUGUUCUCCUCUUCUCCCUGCUCCUCGUCCUCCUGCUCGCCCCCCUCUGGCCUUCCUUCCCCGGUCUGGCCGGAGGACUCCUCCCCUCCCUUAACCACUCCGCUCAAUGAGCCCAUGGCCCACAAUGCCUUCACCUUCUCCAGCCAGUUGAACGACAUGCUGCUUCCUCUGGCCCUGAGGCUCCAGCAGCUGGAAAACAGCCAGAGUGUGGCUGCUACCCGCACCAUGCAGGAUGUUUGGGAGAACAAGCUUGAGCCUCUCUAGUGAAGUCUUUAACUGUGUAUACGUCGAUGGUUUGCGAUGAGCCGGGAAGCCGUAUGCGUCCUGUGAUGUCUUCGUUUGGUGUUUGGAGAGUGGGGCGGGCUGUCUUUGGGAGGGUCCUUUGUGCUCACGAUUUUACGGUUUUGUCUUGCACUAUUUUAUGACAAUUUGUUUUUACAGGGAACUUGACAAAUCGCCUCGUCAUUGUAUAUUAGGCCUUAUUUUAAUUUUUUUUAAUGGGUUAUAAGUGUUUGUAUUUAUGAAUCCCUGUUUAAUUUUAAAUUUAAUUUAUUGUGAUAAUUCUGACUUUAAUAAACCACUACACUUUUA